AGUAUUACAGGGGUUACUUCGUCAGUGUUAAGGGUUACUUGGUCAGCAUUACAGGGUUACCUAAUUAGUAUUACAUGAAUUAGUAUUGUUUGUUUACAAGCGGCCACACGAUAUAGCCGGCUGCACACGAGAUGGCCUGGAAAAAAAAAAAUUACAUUGAGAAUUUUUCUAAAAAAAUGGAAAUUAAUUUGCCAAAAAAAAAAACUUUGUUGUACAACAAAUUUAAAAAAAAAUAUAUAAUUAUCUUGUAAUAAUAAUGUAAUUAGUCAAAUAUAGUCAUAAAUAAUAUUCUUACGAAAAGACGCAAGUCAUUCUCCUCCCUCCAAUUUCUCCCUACUUUCUCCAUCAAAAUUCCACCCUUUCAACCAUUGCUUCAAUCUUUCCUCAAUUAAUUCUUCCCCAAUUUAGUAAAUCCGCCAUUAAUUAAUUUCUUCAAGUUCCCCCUUUUCUAUUUUUUCUCUCCUCACAAAAUUUCAAGCUCACAACAAUGAAUUUGAGCUCCAUUAAUGGCGUUUCGAAGAAUUUCUCUGAUUCAGAUCAAUCUUUGGAUACACCCACUUACCGCUCCAAAAAACUUGGGUCAAAGAAACGGGUAAUUAGGGUUUCACCUUGGAAACGUUUCAAGGGAUUGGGAUUUUUGAUUGGAUUAUUGGGUUUUUUCUUUCUUGUCAAUUGGUGGAUGCUUUCCCGCCUAAAUCAUUCUGUGUUUGUUCCCAAAAUUAGUUCUUCCUUCAAAAAAUCCAAGUCUCCCGUGAUUAUUAAGGAAGACCUGAGAAAGAUAAUUAAAGUGAAUAAGCCUCAAAAGACACCAUUUGGAAGGUUGUUGAAGUUAGCUGCCCAUGCAUUAGCAGAGGGACAGAAUAAGCCGGAACCAAAAGGGCUGUGGGAAGAGCCUUAUGAUCGUGCUUCCAACUGGAAGCCCUGUGCCGAGGAACGUGAUUGGGAACCUAGUGAAGGAAAUAAUGGGUACAUUAUGGUUACUGCUAAUGGUGGGUUGAACCAGCAGAGAGUUGCAGUAUGCAAUGCUGUAGCUGUUGCACGAUUACUUAAUGCAACUCUCGUCCUUCCAAAAUUUAUGUUCAGUAGUGUUUGGAGAGAUGCGAGUCAAUUCGGCGAUAUCUACCAGGAGGAGCAUUUUAUCAAUUACUUAAAACCUGAUAUCCGGAUAGUGAAGGAACUUCCUGAAGAACUGCAAUCUCUAGAUCUAGAUGCAAUUGACAGUGUGGUGACUGAUGAAAACAUCAUGAAGGAGGCCAAGCCAAGCUUUUACCGCAAAAAUAUCCUUCCUCUCUUAUUAAGAAACAAAGUCAUCCAUUUUCUUGGAUUUGGAAACCGCUUGGCAUUCGAUCCAGUUCCAUCUCAGCUUCAGAGACUACGAUGCAGAUGUAACUUCUAUGCACUGCAAUUUGUCCCAAAGAUUCAAGAAGGUGGUGCAUUGAUUCUUCAAAGAAUAAGGCAAAACUCUUCUCAUGCUGGACUACUGGAUAGUUAUCUUGUGGGCCCAUAUGCAAAGAAAAUGGUGAAAGGAAAAAGAGGCCAUUCUGUGAAAGGCCCAAAGUACCUAGCUUUGCACCUGAGAUUUGAAAUUGACAUGGUGGCUCAUUCACUUUGUAAGUUUGGUGGAGGUGAAGAAGAGCGGAAGGAGUUGGAAGCAUAUCGCCAGAUUCAUUUCCCUGCAUUAACACGCCUUGAGAAGAAUGAAAAGUUACCUACUCCUGAUGAACUUAGGUCAGAGGGUCUUUGCCCAUUAACACCUGAAGAAGCAGUACUUAUGCUUGCUGCUCUGGGUUUCAACCGUAAGACACAUAUAUUUCUGGCUGGUGCUCAAAUUUAUGGAGGACAGUCAAGGCUGGCUUCCUUAACCAGCUUGUAUCCUCAUUUGGUUACUAAAGAAAAUUUGCUUUCACCAUCUGAACUCGAACCAUUUAAGAACUUUUCAUCUCAGUUGGCAGCACUAGACUUUAUAGGUUGCACAGCAUCCUCAGCCUUCGCCAUGACAGACUCUGGGAGUCAGCUGUCAGCUCUAGUUUCUGGUUUUCGCAUGUAUUAUGGGGGAGGACAAAUGCCAACAAUAAGGCCUAACAAACGAAGACUUGCAGACAUUUUCUUGAAAAAUACCACAAUAGAAUGGAAGGUUUUUGAGCAGAGAGUGAGGAAAGCAGUGAGACAAACUAAACAAGUUCACCGACGGCCAACAGCAAGAAGUAUCUAUAGGCAUCCUCGUUGCAAAGAGUGUAUGUGCUUGUUGGAAUAGAGUGUCUUAGUUUCGUAUUACCAACCAUAGAAUAGUUGUUGUAUAUUGGUGUUUUGUCAGGUUAUAUUAUCCACCAUUGUUUAUGCAUAGGUUGUGAUUGACAAGUUUUUCUGAUUUUUCUACCCAUUAGAGGGAAAUUACAUAGUACAAACUGAUGGCUUUCACUUUGGCAAGCAGCGGGUUUUGAUUGUAUUGAGUUGUAGUCUUGUAGUGUUGUACCAUUUCUGGUAUGAUACACUAACACAGAAUUUUGUAAUGCCAAAGCUAUUUUUUUUUA